CCCUUUGAUCGCUUCUUUUCUUCUUUUCUUCUAAAUGCUUCCUCGCAGCCUUCCGGGUCUGCUCCCUCGCCGUCUCUUCUCUGUUUCUGCUAGGAUGGCUUCCAAUACCCCGUUGGAGGAUGUCAUGCGCGAUAAGAUCGCUCACGCAUUCACACCUUCGAAACUCGAGAUCCGGAAUGACUCUCACCUCCAUGCGCACCACGCUGCAAUGGAAGGGUCAGUGUCAAAGGAGACGCAUUUCCAUGUGACAAUUGUCUCCGAUUCCUUCGAGUCGAAGAUGCAGCCCGCUCGGCACCGUAUGGUCUACGCAUUGCUCAAAGAAGAGAUGGCUCGCGAGGGCGGACUGCAUGCACUGCAGUUGAAGACGAAGACACCGGCUGAGGAGCAGCGCGAGAUGGAGAGAAAGGAUAAGGAGAGGAAGGAUAAGGCAUAGAUAGCGGGUUGACUGGGCGUUCAGGUGCUCGUUAUUCGGAAAGAGUCUGUCGAGUCGGAUACCCCCAGACGAUGACUCGAAAUGUAUUACAUUACACUGCACAUAUAACCUACGAUUCCGGGACUCAGCUACGGUAUACAUCAGACUUUCAUACACAAAGGAA